AUGAGCCUCCCCCGGAGCUUCGCCCCCGGCAGCGCCCUGCUGCUGCUGCUGCUGGCGGCCUGCACCGCGCUGUGCCGGGGUGCCCCCAUGGCCGGCGAGCUGCGGUGCCAGUGCCUGCAGACCGAGGCCGCGGUGAUCCACCCCAAGCUCGUCGCCCACGUGGAGCUGAUCCCCGAGGGGCCCCACUGCGGGGUGCCAGAAGUCAUAGCCACCACGAAGCACGGCAAGAAAGUCUGUCUGGAUCCCACCGCGCCCUGGGUCAAGCUGAUCGUCACCAAGAUCAUGAACAGUACAACAUCAAAAAAACUAUGAAGAAAACCUCUGGAUUUGCCUGCCAAGAAAAUGGCAUUUUGUGUCCCUGGACUGCAAAAAAAAUAUUUUUUUCUGAA